AUGGCCACGAAGCAAAGCGAGCACAAUUUCAAGCAACUCGAGGCGAAUAUGGAGCGAAUUUUGGCACAACGCGCGAUUUGCUAUAAUUGCGGCCAUCUGUUGGCUUUCGCGCACAUUUUCAGCGGAAUCUCGCUGCUGAUGAUCGAUGUGGCUUCGAAUUAUCUCUCUCGAAACGCUGUGAUCAUUUCAUUCGCCUUCAUUUUUAUAAUUUGCGCAAUUCUGAGCUUCAUUACGGCCAGAAGACUUGACCGUUUGGCUCUGAAAAUUCUUCUAGUCUACUCGCUUAUUUCACUCACCGCUGCCGUCUAUUUAUUCGUCAAAAAUGGAUUAUUCCUGAACGAGAUAUGUAUGAAGCGUGAUGAAUGCACAAAAGCUCAACAGUGGGUUCAUUCCAAUAUAGUCAUCAUUUCUUUGAUUGAAGUCGCUGCUUCCAUUAUCAGCAUAAUUUUUUGCGGACGGUCUCUGAAGCAUGCAGCUGCUUCUCAGUCACUUCAUCACUACGAUCAUCUUCAUGAAGUCGAGGAAGCCAUCGAAAAGACUCCAGAAGCCGUCGAUGAAGUUGCUAACGAAUAA